AUGGGGCUAAUUGUUUCAGAAGAAAGCUGUGAGAAGAGGAAGAACUACUGUGAGUUCCACUGUGAAAUGGGGCAUGAAAUCCAAGAGUGUACGGAGUUCAGAGCCUUGGUACAGGGUAUGAUGGAUAACAAGGAGGUGGAAUUUUGUGAAGGAAUUCAGAGGGAGAGUCAUGUAUGCACGUCAGAGUUGGCGUUGGGAGUCCCGAAGGCUAACCGUCCUGUGGUCAUCAUCUCGCGACCUCAGAACAGUGAGGUUGGGGCACGAAUAACACCAACGGUUAUCAUUCAAAAACCGACCGUGUUUACUUACAAGGAUAACAGGAGGGUUCCUUGGAAUUACAAUUGUAAUGUGACAAUCCCGGGGAAGGAGGACGUGAUUAAUAAAGAGGACCAUGAUGAAGGAGGGCAUGACGAACAGGUGAAGGCUCGAGUAGAGCCAAUAAGAGAAGAAACUUCGAUUGGAAGGAAGAAGAAGGCGGUCGAACCUGAAUUGUUGAUCAAUGAACCAAUCAAGGAGGAGGAAGCUAGAGAGUUCUUGAAGUUCAUAAAGCAUAGCGAAGUGCUAAAUGAAACUUAUGUGGCCGACGAUAUCUCUGUUAACAAGUUGGAUCGACUGGUCAGCAAUAUAAGCGCUGAUAACUUCAUCUCUUUCAGCGAUGACGAAAUACCACCUGGGGGUAUGGGAUCUACUAGAGCUUUACACAUCACUGCAAGGUGUAAAGGGUGUAUAUUACCGGGAGUUCUGGUAGACAACGGGUUGGCACUGAAUGUAUUGCCUCUAUCCACGCUCAGGCUACCUGUGGAUAGUUCACAUAUGAAAUUGUGUCAGAAUGUGGUGAGUGCAUUUGAUGGCACCGAGAGGAAAGUCAUGGGAAGAGUUGACAUACCCUUGUUAAUUGGCCCAACUGUCUAUGAGGUAGACUUCUUGGUUAUGGAUAUCAAGCCUUCUUACAGUUUCCUAUUAGGAAGGCCGUGGAUUCAUUCAGCAGGUGCGGUACCGUCAUCGUUACAUCAAAAAUUGAAGCUGGUGUCAGAAGGCCGGGUAGUGACGAUAGAUACUGAGGAGGAUAUCAUUGCAUUUGUGACUAACGAUGCACCUUAUUUGGAGACGGGUGAUGAUGCAAUCGAGUGCUCUUUCCGUUCCUUAGAGUUCGUAAAUACAACAUUCAUCUUUGAGGGAAACAAGAUCCCGAUGCCGAGAAUAUCAAAGACCACAAAGAUGGGGCUGCAAUUGACAGUUGGAAAAGGAGCUUUGCCAGGGAAAGAAUUGGGGAGAUAUCUUCAGGGUCGAGUCGAGGUCCCAGUAUUGAAGGGCAAGCAGGACCGUUUUGGCUUAGGAUACAAGCCAGAUGCUAGGCAGAAGAGGAUAGAGUAG